AUGAACAAGAAAUGCAUAGUGAUUGCAACGCACAUUCUUCUCUUCCUACGAUGUUUAACCUUCGUCAAGACACUCCCUAUCCUAUCUGAGGAACCUGAUUAUGACACCGUCCACGACUACCAUUACGAGACGAGCUUCGUGACACCUGAUGACGACAUCGACGAACUCGCCCAUCUAAGAUGGUCCGUCAAUUAUACGACGUCGUUGCUACGUUACAUGCUCAGCGUACCGUUGUUCGACGAUGACACUGCAGAUGAUACAAAAAGCAAGGGUGACAAUUUUCCCGCCCUUUCUCAUGCGGGUCGUGAAUGGUUGGCUGUGGGAAUGUCACCCUACGGUGCAUCUACUGAUGCUGAUAUGGUGACGUUUAUUAAGGGAUCCAAUGACGUAAUUACUAUUUUGGACACGUAUACAGAUGAAUAUGGAGUGCUAACCGUGGACGACAAACAAGAUUACAAGCUAUGGAACGCUUGGAUAAGGCAACCAUCAAGCAAUGAAGAUGACGACAGCGACGGCGAUGACGUGAAGAGAAAAUGGCUGGUGAUUGAGUACGGGAGAAAGAUUGAUACUUGUGAUGAUAAAGACUACUUAGUUGAGAGGGGUACAACGCAUCUGCUCUUUCUGCGCGGUCCUGGAUCCUGGCCUUUAAACGAUACAGUGGAGUCCUCUGUUACACCCUUCCAUAACUCUUUAAGAAGGGUAACACUACUUAAACCAGAUCGACCCAUUCCAAGCUUUCCAUCUGAUACCAAAAUUAUUGAGGUUACCGUUGAUGACAUUACUGUUCCAGGUGAUGACACUACAUAUUGGUGUAAAGUUUCCAAGUUUCCUGACGCAGAUGUAAAACAUCACAUUGUAAAGUAUGAGGUAGAGGUAACAGAAGGCAACGAGGACCUCGUUCACCAUAUCGAGGUCUACCAUUGCGACGUUGAUUCCGACGUGGAAGUUUCCCUUUACCAGGGUCGUUGUGAUGACCGCCCGGCUGGGUCAUCGAGUCUAGCGUGUAGUCAGGUGAUAGGAGCAUGGGCUAUGGGUGCUGAGGCAUUUGUGUAUCCAGAAGAGGCAGGUAUCGCUAUAGGAGGACCAUCAACAUCAAGCUACAUCAUGAUAGAGAUCCAUUACAAUAAUCCAGCUAGAAAAUCAGGAAUUCAAGAUAGUUCUGGUCUUCGUUUCUACUACACUCCAACACUAAGAUCAUUCGAUGCCGGUAUCAUAGAGCUUGGUCUGAUCUACACCCCUAAACUAUCUAUACCUCCCGGUAUGGAUGAAUUCAUUCUCACUGGACAUUGCCUCUCACCAUGUACACGAAAGGGGUUUCCUCAAAGGGGUAUCAAAGCGUUUGCAUCUCAACUGCAUACCCAUUUAACAGGCACUGCUGUAUGGACCAAGCAUGUACGAGACGGCAAAGAGCAACCAGAACUGAAUAGAGAUGACCAUUUUAGCUCAGAUUUCCAGGAAAUCCGAAUUUUACCCAAGCCGGUUCAUAUUCUGCCAGGAGACACACUGAUCACAUCUUGCCAAUACGACACUAGCAAGAAGGACAACGUUACCAUGGGUGGAUAUGGAAUCAUGGAUGAGAUGUGUGUUAACUACGUACACUAUUACCCACGGACACCCCUUGAGGUCUGUAAAAGCACCAUCUCAAAAAGGGUUCUCAAAAACUUCUUCUACUGGGCCAACGGUCAUGAAGAGGGCAUUCCCAACGAACUACCUGAUGACGAGAUCGUUGAGAGAUUUCAGAGUCUCGAAUGGACCAGAGAAACAAAGAAGGUUUGGCAAAAGAUCAUCCACGAAACCAACGUCGACAUGGAUUGCUUGCGACCCGCUGGAGUUUCGUUCACGGGAAAAUGGAAGGACAUGAAGAGGGAAAGUAUUCGGACCCAUUUAUCGCAAACUCCUGAUACAUGCGCAAACAAAUAGGCCUAAGAUGGUUUUGAAACAUUGCUUUGAAAUUUUCAAAAACUGCUGAUAGAAAGAAUGCUGACGAUUGACAAAAAGUAAUGGCGGAAUUUACACAGGUGGAUUUUGCAAAAUCUAUCUUUAUUUCGCUGAUAUUUGCAUAAAAAAAUAUUGAUUCGAAACUCUUAUGUAUAGCGGGUCAUUAUAUUGCAAAUUCUUAUCUAUUCAAUGAAAGUUUGGAAGAAGACACUGUUCCGCUUGAUUGGAAACGUACUAAAACAUACGUACUGUAGAUUAAUUAUGAAAGAGAGCCCACAUUUUCCCAGUAAAAAAAAUGAAUACCUGGCACUUUUUAUUUUAAAAAAUUGUUGUUUUGUGUCAUUAUUAUUAUUAUUUAUUCGGCAAAUAAUAUACAAAAUACAUUUCAGCGUAAACAAUAUAAAAUAAGAAAUAUCAACCAUUGGAACGCCAGGAACAGUAAAAGUUAACUUAAUUACUGUAGCAUGAAGCCUCCUGUCCCAAUUCAAAUGGUUGAUUUACAAUAAAUAUCAAUAACUAUAUAAACAAUAAUAAAAUACUCGUAAUUAUAAAGGGGUGUAGCAUGCGAUUAAUAACAUAUAUAAAAAAAAUUAGUUACUUCUAACUGAAAAUGAGUAGAAAUGACGGGGGAAAGAGAAGAAAGAUGAAUGUAACAAAGAGAAAGGAAAGGAGAUAUUGGGAGAGAGAGAGGGAGAAAGAAAUUACACAAAUAUCCAUUAAAAUUGUAUUAUGAUGAGGAAGUUUGGGGUGGGGCAAGAAAUGGGAAUCAAAAUACAGCAGAGGUAAAUGACAGUAUACUCUAAAUAUUAAAAUCUGUGGAUAGAUGAAAUUUUACAAAAAAAGGCAAUAAACAUUAACACAAAUGACAGAAAUUCUUCCAAAAUAUGAGAGACGGAUAAAAUAUCGUAAAGCACUAAAAGAAAAAAAUUGAAUCGGUUUAUAAUCAGUGAUCUUUUUUCCUUUGAAAUAAAUGUAAGAAUUAAAAUGAAAGGAUAAUUGCCCCACAUAGGCCUAUACAUUUAAUAUAAAAUUAAAUAUACAACACGAUACCGCACUGUCGUCAAAGUUUCACAAGCAUACUUUUGAAGCCAGUUUGUCAAAUCUAUUUAAGAUCAAGUCCUCCCAAACAAAAAGUUGGUUUUUAAAUGAUGAAUUUAUAAAAAGUUAUUCCAUUUUAAAGUUCUACCUAGUUAAAAAGAAUUUAAAAAAAAUAUAUAUGCACAAACCAAUGGCACUAGGAAGUGAGUGUGCUGGGGUGUGUCAGCACCUUGCUAUAUAGAGAUUUGACAAAAAUCACCAUUUUGAAAUGAAAAAUGAGUCGACGGUGUUAUGUUUUCCUGGUUAAAAUCACCUUCCUGUGGGAGUGAAUAAAAAAUAGGGGUUUUAUUUUCUAUUUUUGUUACUAUUUUUCAUUUCUAACUUUUAUUUUUGGGGAUGGGAUGGGUUUAAACUUUUUUUUUCAAACCAAACCAGUCUCUUUAAAAAUUGUCCCCCGUCUCCUUCGCAACACGUGUGUUGUGCAAUUCACAGAAUCAAUGGUGUCAUGCAACGACUAUUCUUUUGUAUUUUAUUAAGGGUCCUAUAUUUGAUUUUCGGUUUGUAGAUUUGAUUAUUCAUAAAAAUGUUCUACUACUAAAUGACAAAUUCAAGACGGAGUCAUUUUUGUCUCGCCUGCAUAGCAGAGCGAGUCUAUAGGCGCCGCUUUUCCGACGGCGACGGCGGCGUCGUCAACAUUGAAAUCUUAACCAAGGUUAAGUUUUAGAAAUGUCAUCAUAACUUAGAAAGUAUAUGGACCUAGUUCAUAAGGUUAAUCAAGUAUUAUUAAAUAUUGUACCUGAGUUUCAGGUUACAUGACCAAGGUCAAAGAUCAUUUAGGGUCAAUGAACUUAGACCAUGUUGGGGGAAUCAUUAUCGAAAUCUUAACCGGUUACACUUCGUAAUUCGGAAGGUUCUUUAUUCCGAAGGUUCCUAAUUCCGAAACACGUAAAUUGCCUAUACCUCGAUGUUCGUUAAUCCGAAAACGUAUAAGGGUUCGUUAAUCCGAACAUUUGUGGCGUUAUUCCGAAGGUUCGUUAUUCCGAAGGUUCGAUAAUCCGAAAACAAAAUAGGUUCGAUGUUCCGAAGGUUCGUUAAUCCGAAAGCGAAAUAAGGUUCGUUGUUCCCAACGUUCGUUAAUCCGAAAACGAAAUAAGGUUCGUUAGUCCGAACACAAAAUAAGGUUCGUUAAUCAUUUAGUUUUCGGACUAACGAACUGUCGGAAUUACGAACCUCAUUUCUUUUUCGGAUUAACGAACCUUCGGAAUUACGAACCUCAUUUUGUUUUCGGACUAAUGAACCUUCGGAAUUACGAACCUCAUUUUGUUUUCGGACUAACGAACCUUCGGAAUUACGAACCUUCGGAAAUACGAACCUUCGGAAUAACGAACCUUCGGAAUAUCCGAACCUUCGGAAUAACGAAGCGUCGGAAUUACGAAUGUAUGCGAUCUUAACCAAGGUUAAAUUUUUGAAACGUUGUCAUAACUUCAAAAGUAUAUGGGCCUAGUUCAUAAAACUUAGACUUAAGGGUAAUAGUGUAUCACUGAAUUUCCUGCCUGAGUUUCACGUCACAUGAUUAAGGUCAAAGGUCACUUAGGGUCAACAAAAUUUGGCCAUGUUGGGGUUAUUUGAGGGAUUGUCAUCAUAACUUUAAAAGUUUAUGAAUCUAGUUCAUGGAACUUGGACUAAGAGCAACCAUAUAUCCCUAAAUAUAAUGUGCGAGUUUCAGGUCACAUGACCUAGGUUAAAGGUCACUAAGGGUCAACGAACUUUGGCCAUAUUGGGGGUAUUUGAGGAAUUGUCAUCAUAACUUUGAAAUUUCAUGGAUCUAGUUCAUGAAACUUGUACAUAAGAGCAAUCAAGUAUCUUUGAACAUCCUGUGCUAAUUUCAGGUCACAUGACCAAGGUCAAAGGUCAUUUAGGGUAAAAAAACUUUGGUAAUGUUGGGGGUAUUUGUGGAAUUGUCAUCAUAACUUUAAAAGUCUAUGGAUUUAGUUCAUGAAACUUGGACAUAAGAGCAGCAGUGUAUCCCUGAAUACCCUGUGUGUGUUUCAGGAACAUGGCCAAGGUCAAAGGUCAUUUAAAGGUCAAUGAACUCUGGCUGUGUUGGGAGCAUGUGUUGAAUUGGCAUCAUAACUUAGGAAGUUUAUGGUACUUGCUCGUGUAACAUCGCCAUAAGCAGAUAAGGGUAAUCAAGUACGAAUGAUAGUUUUGCACAAUCCUUAGGUCACAUGAUCAUGAUCAAAGGUCGUUUUGGGUCAAUCAUCGGGACAUAAUAUUUUAUUAUCUUAUUAAUGUUUUCUUCUGUGAAUAAUUAUUCAUUAGCUGUUUUUCAAAGGAAGCACUGCUGCUAUAUCGAAUUGCGUAAUGCAGGCGAGACUGCCAGAGGCGUUCCACUUGUUUAUAUUUUCGUUGGUUUCUAGAGCGAUUUGUUGAGCUCCACGAAAUCAUAAACGUGAAGGACUGUAUAUGACUAUUAUUUUGAUUAAUUAAUAGGUUGAUAACUCCUAUCUGUAAUAUUCUAGCAUUUCAUGAAGAAAAUGAGCUACUCAUUUUGGAAAUAAAAUCAAUGAGAGAAUUUGAAUAAUUAU